CUGUACAUCAACUUUUCUUUUAGCCAAAAUGUCAAGUGCUAGUCAUGACACUGCUUAAUUAAAGUGGGCUUCACAAACACGAGCACAUCCGGGAACUGUUUCCGGUAAAUAACCGACUGCUAUUUUUAACCUUUUAAUCAGUACUUACCAGUUGGUUAUAUUUGGUCAAGGAAGACACAUCAGGAGUUUUUGAGUAGGAGAUAAGGUGUGACACAAAAAUAGUGAUACGAAUCUAUAACAACAAGAUGUUUCCUCUAGCGACCAUGUUUGUGCUGGUUAUCUGCCCCUACAUCGCCAGCGCUCAAGACAAGAGCAGCAAAGUCUUUUUGUACACGGUCACUGACGACACUUUCGGCAUCUACGCCCUAACCUUCACCUCUUUCAACAACGUUGACAAAUGGAUCAACUGCAUAUGCGGCAACAACCCCAGCUGCACUGCAUCACCUGUCCAACUCUCAUCGGAAACUCCAUCCGUCCAACAAUCAGAGCCAGACGACUGCAACCUCAUCGACUUCAAGGGCGACAACGUCACAUACCUCGCGCAGACUCCGGUUGCCUGUCUGAGAAACCACACGCAGAAAGUCAUCCCUCACCAAAAACUCGCUGUAUGUAACCCGCAAUGUGUCAUACUUGUUUGGUUCGCUGACGGUGACAGGAGCAGUUUCAAUCCUCUGAGUUAUUGCAAGUCUGCACAGAACAUGAAAACAUCAUUACCAGCAUAUACCGCAAAAUCCCUUACAGAGCCAAUUUAUGUAACUACUCCAAAAACACGUACAGAACCAAUCUAUGUAACUACCACGCAAGCAACUACCAGUGCAAUCUCUACCGUUGAAAAUAACAGCAAAACGGAGCUGAUCGUCGCCGUUAUUCUUUCCGUAGGAUGCACGAUUUUAGUUGUCUUCGCUGUCAUCAUCAUUAUCGUAUGUGUUAAAAGAAAGCGACGAGGUCGUACGAUUUCUUCAAAAACCUCAUACGCAGUCAAACGAGGAACGGAAAUUUCCGAAACGGAAAAAAUCUCACCGGAAGGGCAGUACUCCAGCCUCGACGCCAACUACAGCAGCGGGCACACGUACGCGGGCGUGACGACAACGCCCGUGUACUACAACGCUUCUGACGUCACGAAGUUUAAAAACACGAAUCCGUCUCCGAAAGGAAAACAACAAAACGAACAAACAAGACCGAAAAUGUUACUGCGCGAUGAAAGUAUCGCUUCCGAAGUCAGCAGCCACGCCUACAUUUCCCCCGUGACUUCCGGGUACUACACGAACCUCUACGACGGCAUCGACGAGGGCCAGCGAGACAGCCAAGGAGUGUACAGCAAUACGGAGCCGGCUGCUUUCUACUACAGCCAGGCUGGUGGGACUAAAGGUCAAGGCCAUGAAUACCUCUCAAUCCUGCCUCCUAUUGAUGAUUAUACGGAGGUAAACACAGCAUAAUCUAGGUCAUGAGUUUGUUUUUCUUAAAUAGAAUUUCUCAAUGAUCAGAGGUCGGCGUAGUAGGGUCGGUUAAAUUUAUGGUUGCUGCAACCGAAAAUUCCCGAUUUCAAAACCCCGGGCAGAUGAGGUACAAUAGCUAGGGACAGCAACUGAUCUAUAAGAGACAACUAUAAAAUCAAACAACUGCUGCUUCGUAGUUUGGUCUUGGAUGGAAAAAGGUUAUGGUAUGGAAACAAAUCCAAAAAGAAAACAAGGCUGGAAUUGGAGUCAGUGGCCUAUUUGGUGCAUAACAAGUUGAUACUUUAUAC